GUCAAAUCCGCUGAAACAGGAGGUAGCAGUCCGUAAAUCAGGUGGGCUUUUCUUGUCUUCGAGCGGUGUGAAGGUCGAAAUACCGCCUGGUGCUUCCACCGGUAGACGUGAACGGCUAUUAUGUGCCCCAGUCCCGAGUACAGCCCGCAGUUUAUUGUGUCCAUGGCUGGGACCCAAUUUACGGAUGGCCAGUGAAAUGCAGCUCAUAUAUGCGCCUCACAACUUCCGACAACCUGUGGCUAUCAUCAUUCCCUUCAGUUAUUCGGCUGCUCGUGAAAUGGCGUAUCCCCUGGAGGAAGAAAUCGCAGACAGAGUCCGACUCAAACCAGACGCCCCUAACAAGGAAGGAUAUGAUGGAGAUUCGAAUUUGCAAUCAGACGCCAGUUCAGUGAAAAACUACAAGGAUAGCGAUAAAGAAGGGCUGGAGGAAAUCAACUCACCUAGGACGCAAUCGAAAAGUUUACUGAAUCCUGACAUUUUGGACACCCGAAAUGUGUUUCUUCUCACUUAUAAGUUGGGGGAAGACAAGUGGGACAUUGUGGACAAUUUCAAGGUCAUACAACCGGUUGUACACCACUCCGCCUGGCCCACUGAAAUCAAACGACUUGUUGUGCAAUCCGCUCGCUGGCCAGAUCCAUCCUACUUGGAAUCCUCCACAGGCAGAGAUUCACAGCAUGGAUCGAAGCGUCUGAGUGGAGGCAUGGUCAGGGGACGACGCACAGCAACAACUCCAAUGCGCGAGUUUGAGCCACUGGAAUUUACACGUUCCAUCGAAAAUUAUUGCGGUGGCGUGUACUUCACUACCGAGGAGCUAUGUCACUGCUUCCUUCUCGUCCUGGGCACCAAGGCGGAGAACUUUGUGGUUAACAGAGAUGGGGGCCUGUACCGAUCUCCGUUGUUACAUCCUUAUCUGAAAGUGAGGAUACCAAAGCGCUCUUGUUUGGAAAAUAAGCUUGCCUGCUUCAAGGUGCUGGAUAUCCGGCCAACAUGGGCCCAAGCUGCGGUGCACUUUGAUCCCCAAAUGGCUGAAAUAGAAGGCUGUUCUGACAUCUAUGAAUUGGAUCUGUCGAAAGUGAUUCUCAGACGUCCAGCUACAGUAAGAAUCCCUUUGCCCCAGUGGUUUGUGGAAAAGCAAUGUCGAAAUCACGAAACAUUGGAACAGAACAGUAUGACAGUGGGAAGCUCGGAACCGCAAGAAGCAGUUGCACUCGCACGAAAGCGUGUCGUCGACGGUAUAUAUGUUCACGAGAGACCACUUCUACUAUUGUAUCAGUCCGCGACUUCCAAGCGCCAAAUUGUCUGGCAGGUGACCAGCACGGACGAUGCGAGAGAGGACAGUGGUCGUAGGAAGUCGCGCUUCCAAGUCUCAAGGAAAGAAAUCAUGAGCCCUUCCAGGUGCAAACUUGAAAAUCUAUACUUCCGUCUUGGAUGGAGUCAUUUGACAGUUGGAAUACGUGGCGGUCAGUGGUUCACUAUCAAGAAACCUGUUUAUUUCACUAAGCGCACCGCAUUCUUCGAAACAAACAUUCUUGGCAGGUUCGUCCUUAUAGGUGCGCGCGACCCAGAAAGAACGCCCGCGAACAAGUUAGCCCAUCUCAUGACUCGCGUUGAAGCCCUAUCUGCUGCACCACCAGGCGCGCUGGUAAUUUUCCUGCAGCUUCAGUAUACUUGUUGGAAAAUUAUGGCAAAUAUAUAUCCAGAAGAACGUUUAAACGACUGUAUUCAAGAACAGAUUGCUGCAGGCUGGAUCCCAUUAGUUCAGAUGGCUGGUGGUUUGAUACGACGAACUACAAGCUUGUGCAAUGCGCUUCUGCAAGCAUCUGAGUUGAUUCAGCUGCCAAAGGAGACAGCGGAUCUGGCGAAAUCCCGCAAAACCCCUCCGAUAAGAUUCAAUGGAUCCGACAUUAAUCACGUCCUGAUGUUUAGCGGAUUAUGUUUGGAAUUUCAUUUCACCGGGGACGUUCGCAUGAAACCUAUUAGCCAGUUUGAAGCAAUGACCCAAGUACUUAAAAGUGUGAAACGUCCCGAGCCAGAUACCACUGUCAGUCAAGGGUGGGAAGAUGACUUGGAGAAGAGGGACCUGUCUCUGAGCGCACUUGGCUCAAAGCAACAGCAGCAGUUCCAGCAACCGCAGCAGCAGCGGCCGACGAAGUUCAGUCGCGAAUUACCCUCAAGACUGACAUCAACAGUACGUCUGCAACAUCAUGAACUGAUGCACGAAACCGCAUGUAUCGUGGAGAUUGAGCCACUGCAAUCGGAGGAAGAAAAAUACGUAAGAAAGUCGACGGAAAAGACGCAGAUGAUCACGGAAAUGCUCCGCAAAGGUCACCGGGAGAAAGAUAGCACAAUGGACGAGGAUGAGGAGGAAGAAGACGAAGAAGAUGAUGUAACUUACAGCGAUGAUGAAGGUGGACGUCGAAGCUCACUGGGUGAAGUUGAUUCUGUCGUCCCUUACGAAGGAGAUGACGGAGAGAUGGAUGAACUUGGGAAAGAUACAAAGGAACAGGCGGUCAAGAACCUGCCACUCUCUGUGGCUGCGGUAAACGCGGAGUUGCUUCGCCGACUAAACAACGUGUUGGAGAAAAGCAAAAUGAAUCGAGCCGCGGACUUUCUGCAAAGGGUUCAUGAGCUGUAUCACGUGGGCACCAUCCAAGUUUGGCUCGUUCCACCUCAGGCACUGUCGCAGCUGGCAGGUUAUAAAGAAACUACCAAAGAGGGACCAGUGAAGAACAGAAAGUUGCACAGCAGUCAAUCAGAGUCAGGACAUAGUAGUUCACGAUCCGACAGUAUGACGAGAAGUUCGUCACGUACAAAUGAAUUGACGGUGGAAGAUGAUCCUCAGCACGACAUACAAAGCAUUGAAGGUCACAAUGCGAUAAGGUGGAAUCCGGUUGAGCUACUUACUGGACGUGACGGAAAGUCUCCCAUGAUCCCAGAUAUGUCGGCAGCUCCGGAAAAACCAUUGGCUAUGUACAAUGUAACUACCAAAAUGCUUUAGAAUGGAAUGCAGCAAGUAAUUUGAAGGACCGUGCGGAAGUUCGGAAACUGAACAGAUGCGACCGUUCACGAUUGUUAGACAAAUCGGGUAACCUCAAUCCGACGGAGAAGGGGAGUAGCCGCAUGUUUAACGGCCUACAUUAAAGGCGUACCAGUCUCUACGAGUUCGUAGAUCAGCCGAACGUAACUUCUUCCUUUGCCCCCCAUGAAGUGUUCCAUUCGUCUGCAAGAGCACCCGAAGCACCACGUACGAUGGAUCCAAACAACUGACCAGCUUCAAAAACAGCUCUAACUAUCGGCCUCCAACGGAUACACGCGACGGUGGACACGCAUCACAUGCAUCAUACUGUGAAGUUGCUCAUUGAUCCGGACUUGGCUAUAAGUUAUUUGCGAAAUUCCUGCUUGAGUUCCGCUGCACCCUCGAUGACUCAGAAGAGAACCACUAAGGAUAAAGGGGGGAGCCCUCGAGGAAACCCUAAGCAAAGAAAACAAAGAAAUGUCAGCGCCACAUCAAGAGUGAAACGAACGCCAACUUCCACAGCAUCCAUUGCGCAUGAAGCAACAAUACCGUCAAUCAAUCACAUGUCGGAGGUCGAGCAAGAAGACCUGAGUAUGUUCACUGAGUCGAAUCUGCUAUCUUUGGCGAACCUGAUCAAGGAACCACAGCAACUGGCGGAAGCACUUGGUUUCUCGCCAUUGGAUAUUGACAACAUAAGCAGAGAAUUUCCGUCUGGGGCAGUAGAAACUGCACACAAGGUACUCAGUCUAUGGAAAAAUCUUCACAUCGGGCGACCGCAUCAGAGUGGAUCAAGUAUGGACGGUGAAAGCAACAGUGAACAGCUCAAGGGGUCCGCAGUGGAUGACCUCAUAGACGUGCUUCAAUCGUUGGGUUAUUUUGAGGCGGUGGAGAUGGUCAACGGGAUGAAAAAGGCGCAUACUCCGUACAAAUAAUUCAUUUAGGUCAAAAGGUUUUGAUAUUAUGAGCUUUUAUGUGGAAAACUUUCUUCUUCAAUUUGACCUACUGGCACACACUUCGGUUCACAAUGAUCCCCGUGGUGACAAUUCAGUUUUUAUUGAAGCAAUAAAGCAGUGCCAUCCCC